GAAUAAUUUCUUCCCUCUCUUACAGUAGUGAAAUGAUAGGAGAAAAGCUGGGGGAUCCAGUGUGGUGGCACUAAUCAAAUCUUGUUAGAUCUGUGCUUUUCUACCAAGUUAUUCUUUGAGAUUUUGGCUGUUCAGGUUUUGCUUUUUAGAAUAGUAGAGGGCCUGAGAACUGGGAAAUACGCCUUUGAAUCUAGGAAGACACUUCAGGAAGUCUCUGUUAUGCGAGCAGUGUCUUUGUUUUGAGAAGGUGUCUCUGCUGGUCACUGAAGAGCCCUGUACUGUGGAAAUUUGCCUGUGCAAACUUGACAGCCAAACAAAAAGGAAGCUUAUACUUGUCAUUGUGUUUAUCAUGAGUGAGAUGUUGCCAAGCUAUCUCACAAGAUGUUUUUAUUUCAGAAGGCUGUAAAGAGUGAAUGCACUCUAAAAAGGCUUAAGCUUUGUGGUUUGAAUGCUUUUAAUUUGUUUUAUGUCCUAAGUUAGUCUAAAAUCUCAAUUGCUUCAAUCAUUAAGUGAUACAUAAGAAAUAUUUACCCAGCAGCUGACUGUUGUCCCUCAACAUGUAUGUGAGAGCAAACUUAGGCAAAACUUUUGACUUUUACUUUACAGUUUGUUUUUGCAAAGUUUCUGUAUUAUGUAGAGCCUCUGAUGGAAACCUUACUAUUCUAUGAUUUGGUGAUUAGUUUUGUUAUGAUCUGUUAAGUCAUAGUACAUAUCUGGUUUUGUUACAGUCCUGUUUUGAUUUCUGCUUUAGUACCAGUUAAACGUGGCAUAUGAAAAUAUUCUCAUUUUUUUUUGUAUAUGUGUGAUCAUACAGUACUGAAUAACUGAGAGCUACUACAAUGGUCUUCCAUACUGGAAAUACUAGUGUAGAGAGAUGUUUGCUGCUUUGUUUAGCUUAUUGGCUUCCUGUAUAAAUAAUUUUCAUAAGAGACUUCUAAUCCUAUCUUCAAAAAGCUAAUUGCUUUUUCUUUGGCAGUGCUUAUAUCUUUUCGUUAGUGAAUCUAGGUUGACAAGUGCACCUUUACAAGAUUAUAGGGAAAAGAAUUCUCUAACUCUGCUUACAUUUAGCUGCAAAUGUAUCUUAGCUUAUAUAGCUUCAUCUUGUCUUAACUGCUAAAAUCUGUGUUUUCCUGGUACAGUGUUUAUGAAGCCUUGUGCCAUUAUGCAGUAAAUCUUUUGACUGUUUGUUUCCUCGUAUUGCCAUUAUUCCUAAGACUAUGAAUUCUUUAUUCUGAAAUAGUCUUUCUGUAUAAAACUUUUUUUCCUUUUGCUUUCUUCUGGUAGCUCAUUUUGAAUAUACUUUGGGAGAUGGAGGUCUCCCAAGAAUCUGAGCUUGAAAAAAAUACUUUCCUUAGCUGAGAAUCAGUUUCUCAAAAUGCUUAUGCUCCAUCUGCUGUCAUAGUAGUUGGCCUGCUUUGCUUCAGGAUUUUUGCAUUUUCUCAGCAAUGGAUUUUACUUGAAAGUCAGAAUCUAACAGAAGCUUAUUUCAAUAGUGAGAGGCUGUAUUUAUAUUUGUAGAGAGAACUCUUCAGCUUUUCUGUUGGUAAGGAGUGGAGAAAAACAGUUGAAGAGGGGAAAUGAAUUAUUCUGUGGAAUCAAGAGAUACUUUAAACAGUAUUGCCUUGAAAUUUGAUACAACACCCAAUGAACUGGUUCAAUUAAAUAAGCUUUUCUCCAGAGCAGUUGUUCCUGGACAGAUUUUGUAUGUUCCUGACCCAGACUACAUUUCUAGUGUGGACAGCUCCCCCUCUCUAAGUCCUGUAAGUCCCCUAUCACCUACAUCUUCCGAAGCAGAGCUUGACAAGGCUACAGUAAAUGAUUCAGAUGGAGUCCAACAGAAGGAGUCAGCUGUUUCACCAGCACAUGCGUGUGUUCGUCCUUCAAGAGUGGUAUCAUCUACCUCCGAAGAGGAGGAAGCAUUUACAGAGAAGUUUCUAAAAAUUAAUUGCAAGUACAUCACUAAUGGCAAGGGUACGGUCAAUGGUGUGCUGCUAGUGACACCAAAUAACAUCAUGUUUGAUCCUCAUAAAAUGGAUCCUCUGGUCCAAGAGAAUGGCUGUGAAGAAUAUGGCAUCAUGUGUCCAAUGGAAGAAGUGAUGUCAGCUGCUCUGUAUAAGGAAAUUGUCGACAGCAAAAUUAAGGAGUCAUUAAGCAUAGAUGUAGACCAGCUGUCAAUAAGGGAACUUGGCCAUUCCAAGAAAGCUGCAAAGAGCAAUACAGAUGACACGGAUUCCAGGGUUCGGGACACAGGCAAUGACAGUGCUAGUACUGCCCCAAGAAGCACAGAGGAGUCUCUUUCAGAAGAUGUAUUCACAGAAUCAGAACUCUCUCCAAUACGUGAGGAACUUAUUUCCUCAGAUGAGCUUCGACAAGAUAAAUCUUCUGGAGCAUCAUCAGAAUCUGUCCAAACAAUAAACCAGACUAGUGCUGAAUGUUUAACAGUCAUUUCAGACUCAAAUGAAGCUGCCAGUGACUUAAAGCCCAGUGCCGAAGUGGUUGGAGAUGUUAAACAGUUUGGUACCCACUUAAGUUCAGAACAUGCUAAAAAGUCUAUAAAGGGAGGACAAGAACCUGGUGAAAAUACUGCAGAUGUCCUCCAGCAGUCUUUACAAAGAUCACAGGGUAGUGAGGAGCACAGCAAGGAGACACAAGUGGGCAAGGAUCAAGGUUCCUCAGUAGGAAAAAAAGCAGGUAAUGAGAUGGAAGAGGAAUGUCCGGGUUGUGAAGAUACCACAGACUCUCGAAAGCAAGAGACAUCUAGCAAAAGAAAAGAAAUGGGAGAGCCAAGUCAAGACUCAACAUCAGAGGCAGAAGUUGAAGAACUCCGCAAGCUCUGGAAGACUCACACUAUGCAACAAACAAAACAACAAAGAGAAAACAUGCACCAGGAUUCCCAAAAAGAAAUCAGUCAGAAAGCUGUAUCUGCAGGAGAUGGGCGGUUAGAAGGUUCUUCUGUUAUGAAAGAAAAAAGACGGCAUCGAUCUCACAAGUUUCUGUGUCUCAGGGUUGGAAAACCCAUGAGAAAAACAUUUGUUUCUCAAGCAAGUGCAACAAUGCAACAGUAUGCACAAAGGGACAAAAAACAUGAGUACUGGUUUGCUGUUCCACAAGAAAGGACAGAUCAUUUGUAUGUCUUCUUUAUCCAGUGGAGUCCAGAGAUAUAUGCAGAAGAUACUGGGGAGUCUCUUCGGGAACCUGGAUUUAUAGUGGUAAAAAAGAAGGAAGAGCCUGAAACUACUGAAGAAUCAAGUACUGAAGAUGCUGCUAAAGAAUGGGAGGUAGUGUCAGUGGCUGAGUAUCACCGCAGGAUCGAUGCUCUAAAUAGCGAAGAACUGCGCACACUCUGCAGACGUCUCCAGAUAACAACAAGAGAAGAUACCAAUUCAAAACAGGCAACAAAUAUCAAAACAGACCUGGAGCCUGAAGCAUUCCGGCCAAAUCUUAGUGAUCCAAGUGAAUUACUACAGCCAGAACAAAUUGAAAAGCUCACAAAGUCUCUUCCACCACGGACUAUUGGCUAUCCAUGGACUCUUGUCUACAGUACUGCAAAGCAUGGCAUGAGCUUGAAGACCUUGUAUCGGACAAUGAUGGGAUUAGACACGCCUGUGCUGUUGGUUAUCAAAGACAGUGAUGGACAGGUUUUUGGUGCACUAGCAUCUGAACCGUUUAAAGUGAGCGAUGGCUUUUAUGGCACUGGGGAGACCUUUAUGUUCACUUUUUCUCCAGAUUUUGAGGUUUUUAAAUGGACAGGAGACAACAUGUUCUUCAUUAAAGGAGACAUGGACUCUCUUGCUUUUGGUGGAGGAGGAGGAGAGUUUGCUCUUUGGCUUGAUGGUGAUCUCUACCAUGGAAGAAGUCAUUCAUGUAAAACAUUUGGGAAUCACACACUUUCUAAGCGAGAAGACUUCACUAUUCAAGACAUAGAAAUAUGGGCUUUUGAAUAAGUAUUUCACUAUUUCUACAGGUUAUUGUCCCAAACCUGACAUGAAUCAGUGCAGCUUAAAAAUCCCUAGGAGCAAUAUAAUGUAUUUUACUUAUCUGGGUUUUUUGGUUUUUUUUUCUAAUUUUUCAGUGUGGCCAUUAGUUAUUAUUUUUAAAUAGCAGAAGUUUUUUCAUGCUCUUGCAUCUGUAAUAUACUGUCAUACUUUUUCUAAGCUAUAGACUCUUUUACAAAAUAUUGACCUUGUAGACUAAAAAUUAACAUUAGUUUGUGCCCUGUGGCCUGCAAAAUUUUCUUAUCCAUAUUACAGUUGCCUCCCAGGUUUCCCACACACACCUUUCCUGCAAUCCUGCUAGGGGGCUGCUUCAUUGAAUAUAGCUUAUUAUUUUUGUAUUCAAAUUAUGUCUAUGAAUGAAGUUGCCCUCUGUGAACCUCUGAGAAAGCUGCGUGUGGGUAUUUGGCAGCAGCACUGCAGAGAUUGGUCCAGACCAAUGAUGGGUUAUUCAAUUGGUGCCACAAAUGGAUGAGAAGCUGAGCAUUCCUUCUUAACGCAGCCCAGUACACACGUGGUGAAGUUAGAAGGUAUCCAAAGUCAACAGUGCCACUUGUCUUGUUUCUUGUUCAUGUGUAGAAAAAAGUCAGUUAAUAUGUGUUGUAGCUGCAUGCUGAUUGUAUGUAGAGUGUUUUGCACAUGCUGUUAAUGAUCUGCAGGUUUGGGACAAAUACUGAAAAUAUUGAGCUAAGUGGCAAAGACUACAAAAUAGCAAGCGAAUGUAAUAUGAUAGUUCCAAAAAAUUAAAAGGCUAAAGCAAGCAAAACUCAGUGAACAAUUUGUAGCUAUAGUAGGGCAUUAAAAGUACAGAAACAGAUGCAUCUUUCUUCAACAUAAAGUGUCAGAUAUAUACUGUUAUACUGUUGUAGCCGUGUAGCACAUCAGCUCCAAGAAUAUAGCUUAUUCCUGUCCAAAGAAAAAAAUUAUUUGUGAUGUUUUUGAGUGGGUCUAUGUUGUAAAUUUACAAUUAGCACCAGCUCUGAUUAAAAUAACAUCAUGUAUCAUAGGUAGACAAUAUUGUAAUUCAGUAGACUUGUGGAAUAUGCAAACUUACUGUCAUGUGACCUCAAAAAAUAAAUGACAGGCUAGAAUACAGUUCCAGUAGCUCUUGUCCACUUUUGUAGAAAACUUGAUAAGCCAUUGUGGCAAUAACAGCUCAACAAAACUGUUUGUUUCAAAGCUUUUAUUCUAUGUUCUGCAAAAAGAAAAAAAACCAAAAAAGAACAAAAAAAUUGCUGUUAAGUGUGACAGUGACUGACUUUGUGCUGAAAUUUCAGCUAUUUCGGACAAACAUUGUAUAUUUUCUUGUAAAUUAAUGUUUAAAGUAGUUUUGUUAUUAUAGAAAAGUGUUGAUUGACGGGUUGCUUAUAGCACUUUAAAUUAUUCUAGAAAUGGAAUAAAAGCCAAAUGUGUUGGCUUACAUAGAUGUAGUUGUAUAUUUCAAAAUAUUUACAUUUCUGGAAAGUUAAAAAAAAAACUUAUUUGAAGACAGCUUACUGCUAUGGUAAUGAGAAAGGGCAGAUGUUUCACCUAUAAUAUGCUAAUGCUCAAUAUGAAUAGAAAAACAGGGCUUUGUUUCCUGUCUCUAUGUAUAUCUCUUUAUCCUUAUUAGAACUUAGUACAAUGUGUAGAGUAAAUGUUUACAAAAUAAGGAACUGUAAAUAAAUUGAAAUGGCUUUUCUCCCCUUUGGUCUUCCACAGCAGUAUUAUUGUCUUUGUGGAGUUACAACUGAUUAUUACAACAACAAAAAAAUCCUGUAAUGGAUUCUAAGUUCUAUAAGCUCACAGUGAUGUAUAGCAAAUAAAUCUAAAUAUAUGUAAAAAUAAA